GUGUGUUUAAAUUGUUUGGUUUAAUUUUUGUUAGUUAAUUGUCUUGAUUAAUCUAUUGAAUUUUUUUUUCAUUUCUCUUAGUUAACUAAUUUCUUCUCCUAACAUGAUGACAUCCGAAGGUGACAAUAUUCCUAUUUCAGAGGCAAGCGAAUCAAAUGAAGAUAAUCCCAAUUUGUUACCACCCAAUUCUGGUAAUGGAAGUGAUUUACCUAAUUACCGGUGGACACAAACACUUUCAGAAAUUGAUUUAAAGGUUCCUUUAGAUUUACCUGUAAAAUCUAGAGAUUGUCUUGUUAAAUUUGAAAAGAAACAUCUUACAGUUGGAUUAAAAGGUCAACCUCCAAUAAUCGAUGGAGAUCUUUUUGCUCCAAUUAAAAUUGAAGAAUGUUUUUGGACUUUAGAAGGUAAAACAUUGAGUUUAUCAUUGGAAAAGAUUAACAAAAUGGAAUGGUGGAAUAAAUUAGUCUCUGGAGAUCCUGAGCUCGAUACUAAAAAGAUAAAUCCAGAGCCUUCUAAACUCGGUGAUCUUGAUGGUGAAACAAGAGCAAUGGUUGAGAAAAUGAUGUUUGACCAAAGGCAAAAGGAAUUGGGUCUACCUACAUCAGAAGAAUCAAAGAAACAGGAGAUUCUGGCUAAAUUCAUGAAAGAUCAUCCAGAAAUGGAUUUCAGUAAAUGCAAAUUCAAUUAAUCAUCUACUCAGUGACAAUUUGAUAAUCAACUUCUCCUUCGUUCCGAUGUUUGUUUUUCCUUUUUUUUCUUAAUGAAUCUUCAGCUUAUUGAAUUGGUCUUUUCUUGUGAUGAAUCAUAUUAAUCACUUGGCAAUAUGUUAAUUAACGUUAAUUAUCCCAAAAAGUGAUCACAAUUAAUGACUCAAUAAUAUGAGUUUACAUUGUUUAUCAAUAAAAGCCAACAUAAUAUUUUACCAAUUA